AUGAAAGAAACAAAUAAACCUUUCAGAAUCAAUAAGAAAUCAAAAACGGUUUUCGAUUUUAAUCUUUCAAACUCAAAAUAUAAACAAGCCAUUACCCGCAUUCUAAACGAGGAAAUCUCACAACUUGACCAUCCACUGAAAUUCACUCGUUCAGAACUUGAAAAUCUUUUGGAUUUUGGCAGACGAGUCUCGAGUAAAAAAAUUCCACGGCCACAAAACAAAUGGGUGCUUUAUAGAAAAGCAGAGGGGAUAAAACUCACUAAAAACGGAGAUAAACCAGAAUUCAAUGCGAUAGCCAGAAUCAUCGGUGAAAGAUGGCAAGAAGAGGCGCAAGAAGUAAAACGGUUCUUUGAACUUUUGGCGGAUAUUGGAAAAAGAGCUCACCAAGAAGCUUUCCCGCAGUAUAAAUAUAAACCGAAGAGACGCACAGAUUCCGGCGAGCGUAACUACGAAUGGGUAAAAGAAGAUCAUGAAGUAAAUAAUAAAUUAACUGUUAGUUGUUCAGAAAGUGAUAUAAAUAAUAAAUUAACUGUUAGUUGUUCAGAAAAUGAUACACAAAGUGUACAAUUACUGGAUGAGAUACCAUAUAUUUCAACGGACUUUAAUAAUUAUAAUUAUUUGGUUGAUCCCCAGCAACAAAUAUACUACAAUGAUAUCUAUUAUAGCACUGAUAAUACAUACGCCAAUUUUACGAAUAUGUUACAAGAAGAGCCAGAAAAACAAUUUAUCAAUCCGUAUUUUCUAACAACAACAGAUACACAUUCUGCAACACAUAUUGAAACGCAAGUUUCUCAAUUUCCUUCAAUCUUAAGUCUAGAAGAGAACUUGUCAUGCUUAAAUCCAGAAGAGAACCUGGCAUGGCCAUUUAAGAACACUUCAUGCUUGUCAUUUCCAUUUACAAGUUAG